GUUACAUGUGUUACAUGAGUCACAGUCAGCUGUAUUCAGUUUAGCUGUAAAGUCUAGUUAUUUUAAAUUGUUGAAUCUAAUAGUUGAACCGUUGAUUAUUAUUUUUCUUUGUUCCAGUAAUAUAUUGAUUGUCACCAAAAUAGAUAAUUAAUUCAAAGGAAAAGGAUGUUUUAAAAUAAAAGGUCACACAGCGUAUAAAUAUAAUAGGAAAAUUAUAAUGAUAAGUAACAUUUUACCUUAAAUUACCUUAUUCUUAUUUUAUUUAAAAGUUUCCUCUUAAUUUAACUUUUUCGUGGAACAUUUCACUCUCAAACAAUCAAAUCGUAUAAGACUGUCCAACAGAUCACUACAACAAAUACACCACCACCACCAUCUUAAUCUUCAAAUAACGUGAAGUUUUGUUACGCACCAUCACCAUUGAAAAGUAUUUACCAGUAAACAAUUUGUUUGUAAAAAUGGAAGUAAUUACCAACAAAAUUGAAUCAAUCUUCUCUGGUGGAUACCAUGAACCUAGAGUUGCCGAUUUUUUCCUAGUGAACAACCCUAAAUGGCAUAUAGGAACCUUCAUCGGCCUCUAUUUAUUAAUCUCCUGGAAAUUGGGUUCCUCAAUGUCUUCAUCCAAAUCAGCUUUUGAUCUUCGACCCUGGAUGCUUGUUCUCAAUGGACUUAACUUUGGUGUCUAUGGUAUUGCAAUUCCCAUCAUUGGCUGGUUAACCAACUUUGGUGUUAAAUGUUGGGACUGUGAGGAGCCCAAGGAUAGUCCUUUCAUCGAGGAAACUCUGUUGCGACUCAGUUAUACUUAUCUAUGGUUAAAGGUGGCUGAAAUGAUGACAACUGCAGUAAUGAUUCUUCGAGGCAAACCUGGCCAGAAACCAAUUUACCACGCUCUUCGUAAUAGUUGCCUCAUCUUGGUUGUUUACUUUGGCCUCAGAAUGUACGCUAGAGGUGCUUUCCUAUUUUUACCCUUUACCGAUGCCAUUUUGUCAGUUCUUCGAUCAGCUUAUUAUGUACUUGCCUCUCCUGGAGCCGCUUUCCGUCAACAUCUUUGGUUCAAAAAUUAUAUCCAUUACAUUGCUCUCAUCUUUGCUAUUCUCAAUGGAGCUCAUAUGGCAUCACAAUUGGUUAAUUCAUGUGCUGGUCCUCCUGGCAUGCAAAUGCUCAUCUUCUUACACAGUUGUGGCGAAGCUUAUGUAGCACUUAAAGAGCUUUCAAAGGGCUCCAAAUUGGUCGACGAUGAACCAAGUAAAAAACCCUUGUAAAUCCUUCAUUGAAUCUAGUUUUUAUAUUUUCCUUGUUAUUAUUCAUUCAUCUCAUUUAGACCUCAUUUUAUCUUAAAAUUAUUUACGUUAUGGCCUCUUUGGCCCAUUUCUGAAAUGUACAUUAAUUGAUAAUUUACCAAGUCUCAGAGAAUCAGAAUGGAGAUUGUGAUUCCUUGACUUAUUUUCAUUUACAUCUAAAAAUUUCACCCUUUAUAACCAAUUUUCUUUAAUGUGUAAAUUUAUUUUUGUCAUUAAUUUCAUCCAUCAUUUUAUUGUUAAUAAAUCAUCAACUUAAAGCUCUUCUUACAAAGUA